UCUCACCUCAACUUAAGAGUGACUUUCCAGCUUUCCAAAGACUCGACAAACCGAGUUCUUGCUUCAGUUCAUAUAUUCAACAACCCAGCCUCCACCAGACCACCAAGUGGGUGCCAUAUUUCUGCCUUGGGGACCGUGAGUCGCAAAUCUUCCUCCAGCCUUAUUGAAAUAGACAGUGGCUCGCUGAGCUAUACACGAAGCACCCCACCUAUCAAACGACUACCUGCACGAUGUCUUCAGUCAAUUCUGGGCCCGUUCUCGCCGCGGCUAUUGCUCCAAUCGUUGGCAACAACGACUUCCCCUUUGCCGCCGCAACCAAUGCCGAGGCCCCAGCUCUUCCUAGCGGCUUUCCGUCUGAACUGAGAUCCAAGUUGGCUUGGACUGGGUCUGACUUUGCCGAUGAAUCCAAGUACAUCUUGUGUUUGACCGGCACUGACUUGGCCGAAGUCAAGCAGGCUAUUGCCGAAUACAAAUCUCUUGACCAGGAUGGCUAUCUCGUCGAGCCGAAUACCUUCCAGCUUCCCACGCUCGGUUUGAAGCUCAGAGCACUUGGACAGGAUGUCCAUUUCGGCAAUGGUUUUGGCGUAAUUCGGGGCCUUGAUCGCGCAGCUUUCUCUGUUGAGGACCUGACAUUGGCCUACAUGGGCCUCCAAUCGUACAUCGCGGAGCAACGCGGUCGACAAGACAAGCGCGGUAACAUGCUCGUGCACAUUGUUGUGGAUGACAGCACCAAACAGGCUGCCGAACAUCAUCGCCACUCAAACAAGUCCAUAACUUUCCACAAUGAGGAGGCUGGCGAUAUUGUCAGCUGGUUGACAAGGAGCACAGCUGCAACUGGGGGCAAGUGUAUCAUUGCUUCUGCGUACACCAUCUACAAUGUCUUGGCUGCCACUCGACCCGACAUCAUUCGGACUUUGGCGCGCAGCGACUGGCCCUUCUCCAUGCCCCGCUUUCAAUGCCGUCCGGUGAUAUUUUACGAAGAUUCGAAGCUCAUCAUGAACUUUGGCCGAGCGGCUCUUCUUGGGAACCAGGCCCAUCCCCGUCCUCAGCAUCUGCCAUCCUUGACUGCUCGUCAGGUGGAGGCUUUGGAUGCAAUUGAGGCCAUCGCGAAGGCGUCUCAGAUGGAGAUUCAAACCCAGGCUGGAGACAUACAUUUCAUCAACAACUUGGCUGUUCUGCACCGUCGGGAGGGCUUUGUGAACGGAGAGGACGCAUCUACUCAGCGCCAUCUGGUUCGCAUGCGCCUUCGAAGCACCGAGCAUGGUUGGCCUAUUCCUCAGGAACUAACUCAAGAGUGGGACGAGGCUUUCAAGAACAAGGGCAUCAAGCGCUGGCAUCUGGAGCCCAUGCCAGCGUACUAUUUCCCCCUCCGAAGCCAGCCCAACUGAGUCACGGUGAUUUUGACGAAAACAUAUACGAUUGCACGGGGUAUCAAGUGGACGCAUUUCCGUUAUCAUUUCUGCAAAGGAACAAAACAACAAAAAAAAGCUUAUCGGUCUACGGGCGCAGAGCAUAGCACUAGUCCGAGGAUUGGUUUUAUGACCUGACAAGUAUUGGCCAUGGAUUUUCUAGGCACUAACCACUUUUCACACUACAGUAUCUCUUUUUGUUGUGGAUUAGGGAAUUUUGGGAAUGAUCUGUGUCACUAGCCUUAGCAUACCGCUUUUUCCCAGUGGUAAGAGAUUUGCUGAACCUGGCAGUUUCACUGACAAAGAAACAUAUCCACGGCGGGAUCAGCUGCAUGUGAGGAAUCAGGCCAGUGGGAUCCCUCAUUCUUCAUUCUUCUUAGCUAGUGCCUUUGGCAAGUCUCUCACAGAUGCUAGAGCUACCUUCGGCAUAGUAUUGGGCGAGGUUUAUUUCUUGGAGUGUUGAACGCCAAAAGGGUGUCUCGGACGAGCAGGUUCGGGUAUCACUACAGGUGCCACUGCUAUACAGCUCAUAUGCAUGAUUAGAGAAUACAGCAGUUGAGCAAUCGUGGUUUCCCAUC